AUUCUCACCUUAAUUCAUCAUCAAUUAACUUUGCACUUACAGACCAAAUGAGUAAAAGUCGGAAAGCACCAGCUCAGUCCAAGCUCAAAAAUACAAUUGCUCAACUAACUGAGGAGUUGCAGCAACUUAAAAGACAGCUUAAAGAAGCAGGUCUCAAUACGCAGCUUGUUAGGCCAACUGGUCGCCCAAGUUUAGAAGAACAACAGCCAGGUUUAUUAGAAGCUAUUGUUCAAAUUGUUUCUCUGGAUAGGCAGGCUGAUGAAAGACGGCAUUCAGAAAUCAUACGGUCUGUUAAGACUUUAGAUCAGCUCCAAGAAGCAUUAACACAUAUGAACUAUAACCUGUCACGUUCUGUGGCAUAUCUUAGGCUCAUUCCAAAAUGGUAUAAUACUGAAGAAGGAAAGCGACAUGUUAAAACUGUGCCAGUAAAGCUUCUAAGGUCGCAAAACACAGCAAGAAGAAGUCAUGAAGAUACUCAUUUCUGCGCUGCUUUGAUAAGAAAUAUAAAAGAAAUGUUAUCAUUAUUGGGUCCCAAGAGUGCUUUAGUAAUCUCUCAAGAUGAUAAAGUGCUGGAAUACCGAGUAGAACUGCCGGAUCACGAUUGGGUUGUUGCUGAAAGAUAUAAACUGAUUUCUUCAGUCUAUGCAAUAUUGGAUAUACAAGAGGGUAAGUAUGGGCAAGCUGAAGCAGUAACAUAUUUGGGUCCAACAUUUAUAAGGAUCCAUAGUAGUAAACACGAUAGCAGUACCGCUUAUUCUCAUGAUAAAGAUUUUGAUGACUUGAUAAAUGAGGAGAAAUUGCGUAACUACACUACAACAAACGAACAGCCUAAACCUGUAGUAGUGCUGAUAAGUGACGGUGGUCUCGACGAGAACUCUAGAUAUAGAAAAACAAUUCAAAUGAUGAUCGAAUAUUUUGAUAAAUAUAAUCUUGAUACCAUAAUUGUGGUAUGCUUUGUACUACACCAGAGUGCAUUUAAUCCGGUCAAAAGGCGAAUGGUGCCUUUAAGUCAUGACUUAGCUGGCGUCAUACUUCUGCAUGAUACAUUUGGAUCAUAUUUAGAUACACAGCUAAAAACAAAUGAUGAAGAGUUAAAAAAGCUUCUUGUUAAGUAUAUAAAUCCUCCUAAUGAACAUUAUAGCCCAAGUGAAAAGUCAGCAACUUGGAUUGAAAAACAUGUAAUGACUUGUCAUUAUGUUACCCAAGUCAUGAAGUGUGAUGAUCCAAGUUGCUAUAAGCCUUUUUGUAGUGGGAUCAGGCAAAUUCUCCCAAAUCGGUUUUUUCCUCUGCCACUUGUAGUUCAGCAAACGCCCUAUAAUAUUUGCAUAGCAAAGAUAAAUGAAUUUGACGAUACAACUCACUUUAGCUCUUUUCUUUUAUCUGUAUUAAUGGAAAAAAAACUAACUUCUCCAAAUAUGAAUCUACGAUACCUUCCUUUUGAUUGGUAUUGCCCAACUGUCAAUAAAUCGAUCAAUGAAUACAUUUGUUCUUACUAUAAUCGAGGCUGCUUUGGAUAUUUAAGAAUUCCCAGUGGUGUGGAAGAAGAGGCGGUACCAAAAGAUGUGUUAGAAACCUAUAAUCAGCAAGUACAAGUUCAAGAAAAAUUGGUUGCAGAUAAAGUGUUAAUAGUUAACUGGGAUACUUGGAAAGAAUGCGAGUGGAAAAUGAGUAAAUUAGAGUAUUAG